UUACUGACGUCAAACGUAGUCGGAGGCCCGUCCCCAGCCAUGCGCAUUGGAGUUGUUGUUGGGCUGGUUGUUAUGACUGACCGAGGCCUCGGACUAAAUUAGGAGAGAAAGCCCGUCGCCGCACCGGGAGACCCGCCAUGGAGGGCAUGGACCUGGACCUGGACUCGGAGCUAAUGCAGAAAUUCAGCUGUAUGGGCACUACGGACAAAGAUGUUCUCAUAUCCGAGUUUCAGAGACUUCUUGGGUUUCAACUUAACCCUGCCGGCUGCGCCUUCUUCCUGGACAUGACCAACUGGAACCUGCAAGCAGCCAUUGGGGCCUACUACGACUUUGAAAGCCCCAACAUCAACGCACCAGUAAUGUCCUUCGUGGAGGAUGUGACGAUCGGGGAGGGGGAGUCUGUGCCCCCAGACACGCCGUUCACAAAAACCUGGAGGAUACAAAACACAGGGGCGGAGUCCUGGCCUCCGGGGGUGUGUCUGAAGUAUGUGGGCGGAGACCAGUUUGGUCAUGUGAACAUGGUGAUGGUGCGCUCUCUGGACCCCCAGGAAGUGUCGGACGUCAGCGUGCAGAUGCGCAGCCCGGUAGCCCCUGGCAUGUACCAGGGCCAGUGGAGGAUGUGCACGGCUACCGGACUUUUCUAUGGCGACGUGAUCUGGGUGAUCCUGGCCGUGGAGGUGGGCGGCCUCCUGGGCGUCACGCAGCAGCUGUCCUCCUUCGAGACGGAGUUCAACACGCAGCCGCACCGCAGCGUGGAGGGCGACUUCAACCCCUUCGCCUCGCCGCAGAAGAGCAAGCACGCCGGCGACGACAGCCUCACGGACCCGGGCGGGCCCUGGGAGAGCCCGCAGGAGCAGAACGGACUCUCACACAACUCUGUAAAUAUAGCGCCCAGUGGUCUUCAAAGCAACCUGUCAGUAGUGACCUAUAAACAGGGUAUUCAUGGACCCUAUCCUUUUGGACAGUCUUAAAACAGGGGGAAUGCGUGUAGCUCAGCUGCACUGCUAGGCAGUGUUGCCCUGGCAUACUGGGGGCAGGGGGGUUUGGAGAGGGGGGUGGGGAUUACUGAAAUUUGAUAUUGACUCCUGACAGACGCCCCCCCUGCCCCCACCACCACCUCGCAAACAACAACCGAAGACGAGACCUUUUUCAAUUCCGAUCUACAGUUCAACAAACAUCACCUGACGUAUGCAUGUGUGAAUGCUAACUUUAAAAAAAGUGCUAUAAAUCUUUUUUUUAAAUGUGAAAUACACAAGAAGAGUUUUUUUCCUCCCUUUGGGCUUUUAUUUGAAGUUAAUUUGUGUUUAUUUUGUUUCAUUAUUUUGUUGUCAUGACGCAGUGAAGUGGAGGCUGGCUAUGGUGGGAGGGAGGAAGCACGCUUGUGUUUGUGUGUGAGUGCUACAUGCAGGAAAUGGAGGAUAAAAGCCAUUGAAAAGUCAUUUUGCCUCCUGAGCAACUCGUUUUUAAACAGAUAUUUAACUUGAAUAUGAGUUCUGUUUUCCAUUCACAUUUUGUUUCUGGUGUUAUGGUGUUUACUUUUUUGGGAGAGUUUGUAUUUGAAUAUACAAGUCUGCCUGUGUUUGAAGCAACACUCUUGCCCCUCUUACGGCUUAAUGCUUAUUGCUUACACUAAUUUCCCUUGUCACUGUUUUUUUAUGGCCAGUACAAGGAAAUACAGCCAAUAUCAGCAGCUAAUGUUCUCACAGUCCAGCAGAGGGCGCUGUUGAUAAAAACUACAGCUCGCGUCUUUGGGUUAGCGUGCCCGACCCUGACGUGUUAAAUGUCACCCGAAAGAACACUCUUUUCCCAUUUUGUUCAAUGUCAGCACACUCUGUCAACAGUUUCAAAGCGGCCGUCAUAUCUGUACCGCAUCUGUGGUCGAAAUGUGAUCUAAACUAAGCCAGGGGACAAAGGGGUUAUACGCCAUAGAGUUGUUGAAAAAACGGUCAUGCAGUGCUGGUACAGGCAAGCUUGCAUGUCACUUUUUUCCAUGCUCAGUUGAAGGCGAUAAUGAUGUUAUUUUGUGGUUAAGUCGAUCCACCUGUGUGUGCGUCGCAGGUUUAUCGCCAUGCGGCCGCAGAAACAAAUGUUUGUUUGCCCAACCCAAAGACAAACAGCCAUAACCAGACAAUGUUCCAUUAACAUGGGCUUAAGAUGUCACUUUGGGAUAGUCAGAAAGAGACUGAUUCAGACAAUAGACAGAACAGCUUGAGCUGAACGGAUUUGGGUUGCGACUUGAACAUUUACCUGAAACCGACUUUUUUGAAAUAAACUAUUAUGCUUCUU